GGAUCUUUUGUGCGAGGGAUCUUUUGCGUCUUCGACGCAAAACGGUAUUGACGAUGACACUCUGUACGACCGGUACAAUCGUAACAAGAAACAUGGGCAACCAGCACUGAUCAAGAGUCUCCCCAUUCAUCACAAGACCACUAUCCAACUAACAAUCUGCACCCGCCUUAUAUAUCUAAACGAAGCAGCUGACAAUGGUAUUUCUAAAUGAUCGCGAACGCGCAGAGUUUGAAGAGAACAAACCACAGGCAUUGCAUGCCGACAUUUGGAUGAUUUCCGGUUGCGAAGAUCGUCAAACCUCGGCCGAUGUUUCCAAUGUGGCAGCCUUCAAGCUUCCAGAUCCACAGGGGCGAGCGGGUGGUGCCUGCACUGCCACCUUGUUGAAUGUCCUCUACGAAGACGAAAAGACGCCACUGGAAGAAUUCAGUUUCAUAGAAGUCAUGGGCAAGAUGAGAGACCUUUUAAAAAAGAAGGGAUUCUCGCAGAUCCCUCAGCUUUCCUCUACUCACCCCAUUGAUAUGAAUCAAAAGUUCAAUCUGGUUCCAGAGGAACUCACGGGAAAUCGACGAGCGGUUCUUGUUGGGAUCAACUAUCACGGACAAAAGGGCGAACUCAGGGGAUGCCAUAACGAUGUUUUCAAUAUGUACAACUACAUACAGGAAUCCUACGGCUUUCAAGAUGAAGACAUUACAAUUUUAGUAGACGACGAAGAUCACCCCCCUCCGACCAAGGCUGCCAUGAUUGCUGCUUAUCAAAAUGUGGUCCGUCAGAGUCAAGCGGGGGAUGCCAUCUUUCUACACUAUUCUGGUCAUGGGACCAAAAUGCGCGACCAAAAUGGGGAUGAAGACGAUGGCUACGACGAAGCUUUGGUUCCCUUGGAUUUCCAGACUGCGGGUAUGAUUCGGGAUGAUGAUUUGUAUGACAUUAUUGUGAAGGGCCUUCCCGCUGGAGUUCAUGUCGUGGCUUUGAUGGACUGUUGCCACAGCGGAACAGUGCUUGAUCUCCCGUACGUCUUUAUAGCAAAUGGAGAGUACACACAAAUGGAGAUCGAAGAUAAGUUCAAUUUCAAUAAGCUUUUUUCCAUGUUUGGGAAGGGACCACUGGGCAAGGGUGCGGCGAAGAUUGCCCAAGGACUGAAAGAAGGCAAAGUGCGCAACGCCAUGUUCAAACAGUUCUUCUAAAAGUCAUUAUAUUGUUAUCGCAAUGCUCUAUCCAUUCCGCGGUUGUUAUCCUAAAGGCCAACUCGAUCUACAACAUCAUAAAAGUCAAUCUACAACCGUACGGCACGGCUACCACU